GUGACACUCAAAGACAAAACCGUGUCGUCCCUGGAUGAGUUGCUGGCCAUGAAGUUCAAACCAAGCGAGGUCACGGCCGAGUUGGGCCAGUACGUGGACACCUUGACCGCCGUCCCCAACUCUAUUCCUGCUGCAAUGGUAUUCCUAGGAGCGGAUCUGAAGCGGAUCAUUCAACGUCUACGAGAAGAAUCUCCUGCAAACACAAAAGCAGAGACUCGUCAUCUUCGACAGUACUCUGACUGGAAUGGCUGUGGACAAUUGCACUUCCUCCCGCGGGGUGCUUGCGCCGCUGAGGCCAGUUCAGACUUCCUGCUGCACAUCGAGCUCCCGGAGUCCUCCUGGUGCAUGGGUGUCAAGGUCCUUCCCAACGACGCCAUCCUACUCAUGCGUGGUGGUCGCGUGUACGAAGGAUCCAUGUCGACGAUUGUGAUUUAUGUUUUCUCGAUCUACUCGCCGGAUGAGAAUGCAAAAAACGAAGGCGAGGUAGAAGUGGGCACGGAACUUCGCCAGCUCCUACAACAGGAAGUGGCCGCAUCCAUUGACGCGGUGAAGGGCAAAACUGGGGCGAACUUUCCGCCAACGACGACAGUAAAGGGUGUAAUGCCCCGUGACGUGAAUGCCAUCGAUAAGAAAAUUCGGUGCGUAUGGCACGCAGAUGGUCCAGAAUUCGUGCGGCUACAGAACGUGCGGAAGGCCACAGGCUUGCGCAGAGUUGGCAACAUGUACUACGAUCGUGGUUUCGCUGAAGCUUUUCUGCAUGCAGCAUCUCUCAGUCACGGCUCCCUCCAUAAAGUCCAGACACAUUUUUUACGUACUUGUCUACGCGAUAAUGGACAGCUGGCGUCCAUGAUUCCUCGUGGCAACAAUGGGUUUUGGGUGAACGUGAUGGAGGAUCUGAUGACAUCGCCUUUGUUGGAUUCCUACACAGCACACCUCCUGGAGCAGUGCCGGGAUGCUAAAGAAUUCCGGUAUCUCAGCAUCGAUGCCACAUUCAAAAUCAACUUGAAGAUAGUGGGACAGGCGAGUUUCCAUUCAUCGGCGGCCACACGCUCUGGCGCCAUCAUCCCGGAGGAAGAUGCGGCUUAUCGGACUCUGACGUGUCGAGGUCGCACAGGCGCGACUUUGGCCAUGUGUGGUGUUCGGUCAGAGAAGGCUCGAGUCAUUGCCAAUGCCCUAGAGACGGAACUGACCGAAGCACAACGGCAGCAGGUGUUACAUAUUGCCUCAGAUGCUCCGUCACAGGAAAUGCUGCAAACCUUGCAGGAGAUAUUUCCAAGUCUAGCAAGUCUUGCCCUCGAUGCCAUGCACAUCGUCAUGGUCUAUGAUCAGAACAUGAACAAUCGCCGCAGCGCAGGGGGAAAAUGGCUGGCGGUGAUCAUGAAUAAGUUCCGUCGCCGUCAUCCGACGCGUACUCAAGCGUCUUGGGGUGCAUUCUACACAGGGGCCAGGCCAGGACCAGAUGCACAGGAUGUUCGGUGCAUGAGGGAACGCCUCCAGGACCCAGACAUGCCGGAGGAUGCUGCUAUGCGGGUUCUGGAAGCGCUUGAUCCGGAUGUGCCAUGGCUGACGGAAAUCGACUUCUUGGAAUCUCUCCUGGCCCAUGUCUCCUUCUUCCAUGAUGAGCUCCAAAAAGUCAGUUACUCCGGCAUCUCUCUGCAGCGCCUCAUAGUCAACAUCGGCACCAGCAGCAAGUUUCAAUGGCUCCUCAAUGACACCAGGUAUCGCCAUGCUGUGGAU